GCUUUAUAACACAACGACUGUUGGCUGUCACCCUGUUCCAAAAAUAAAACGAGGGUACCCCUUUUGUUUGCACUCUCCGCAUGCCCUCUUAUACACCAGCCAAUACGACAACGUCGACAACGACGAAGACACAAGCAGCAUCACUAGUCAAGUCGCUUAUAACCGCUCUUGUUAACUCUUAUCCAAAAUCGAAGAAUGCCUCCUCGCCGCUCGCAUCGUCGUUCUCGAUCGCCUGGUGUUGAUGCGCAGGAACCACGUCACUCUCGUAGACGCAUGAAUGAGUAUGCGGAUGCAGUUUCGAUCACCGAAUACGAAACCAGCCAUGCACAAGGCAACGUUGAUCCACAAACUUGGAGAUCGCAUAGCCUAACUUGGGUUGACGAUCCCACAGCCGCAGCGCACUCUGAUGAUUUGGUCUAUAGUAACAGUGUUGACCAUGACCUCAUGUUGGAGCCGGAGUGGCCGCUUCUCAACGCAAACGACCAGAAUGAAACCCUCCGUGGUGGCAACUACCAUUCUCAAGCUCAAGUCAACUACAGUGAUUCCACUUGGGAAAGGUUGACAGCCGGUUGUCGAUACAAUCCAAAUAGCCAGACUGCCUCCGAUCCAUCAUCUGAGUUUCAACCAGCCCAGCAUACCCCUCCGGCCCAUCCAGAUUGGACCUUUUGGGAAGAUGUUUCCAUGGAUCGAGCAUAUCGACGGCUGUCUAUGAGGGCUCGCCAGGGCUCCGGGGUGCAAAUUUCUGACCUCGAACCUUAUGGCAAUGGAGCCGUGUACAAUUCGACGAACCAAACCGGGAACAUUGAAGAGAAUGAUAGUGGCGAGUCUGGUGGAGAGAUUAGCCCCGUAGACGAGAGCCAAUACAUCCAUGACUACGUGACUGCCGAAAAUGACCCCUGGUCGCCCGAGUGCCUUCGCCGCCCUACAAACUCUUCUGAUACCACUCAUACCUAUUGGCUGCAGUGAGGGUAUGGAGAGUGGGUAAUGUAGUACGAUAUGCGGCUCAGGAUGUUCUUCGUAUUGGGGAGUAAGCAGGUUAUACUCUUCCAUGCUACUCUCAGGCUUGGUAUUCCUCUCUUUGGGAAAUCUAUCACCGUGAUGGAGUUGAUAUGCGUUUAUGCUCCGCUGAUUGGAACGGAGAGGGAAAAGAAAACAAAACAAGACAGAUUAUUGUUAAGGGUUUGCGAUUCUUUAUACAUGAUACCAUAUUUAAGAAAUCUACAAAAACUCCAUUUUGCGCGAUGAGAGAGUAUCCUAUACACCCGCCACUAGAGAUGGCAACAGCGACAUUUUGUAUUCGGAUUUGGUAGCCUAACCGGCUGCCUCUAGGACAAUCAACUACACCCAAAUAGUACAAUAUGUUUCACUAUGGAGUGUGCUACUGCGUAUCGAUGGCUCCGGCAUUCGUUGGCAGCCCCUGCAUGUUCUGAUAGCAAUGCCUUGGUAACGCCAUUACGAGACAUGCAACGCGCCGUAUAUCAAAUUUCCUUCAAGAAUAAUGCUACUAUGAGAGGGUAAUGAAUAAGUUCUAGCCAAUUAUCAGCGUAGGGACAUCGUGGGUGUUCCAUUUUUAUCUCCAUCGUGAGUUUCAUGGGGCAAUAUUACGCCAAGUCAUUGAUAAUCGUCGUAUUGAGUUGAG